AAAAGGUUUCAACACCGUUUGUGACCGAGUGCUAUUUUACAGCUCUUUUAAUUUUUGACUUUUUGCCUAAUCGUUCGGAUCUUUUUGGUUUUUGGCUUCAAACAAAUAUAAUGACACUUUGGAAAUGUAUCGCUCUGCUGUGUCAAUUUCUUUUUUUCGCCCAGAUUUGUUCAAUGCCAACAAAAUGCACUUUGCGGCGGGACCUGGUGAAAAAAACUCACAAACUACUUGAGAAUAUGGGAGGUCUUUUUCCUCGUAAAUGCUUGAAAGAAAACGUCGUAAUAACCUUCCCGACAUCUGCACUGCAAUCAAAUGACUCCAGUCAGAACAUCGGCGUAGCAAAGGCAAUCUAUAAGAUCAUGGAGCACACUGACUACCUGUUUGCGAACGAUAGUCAUCCACAAUCCUGGAACCAGAAGAAAGUGGUGGAUUUCCAAGACAUAGUUUAUCGUUUUACUGACGAGUACACAUGUAUUAUGAGGAGAGAGCAGCGACCCGUGGAUGAUUUUCCCACAAGAGAAGGUGCACUGAAAACCUACUUUGAUAAACUGGCCACUCUCCUCAGAAACAAGGACUACAGUUACUGUGCAUGGGAGGUGGUUCGAAAGGAGCUCCUGCGUGUUCUUACAUUGACGCUUAAACUUGUGUCUUUUACUUAA